AUGAUUUCCAAUUCACGCCGGCUGGCGGCAGACCAUGCUGCCCUCCAGAGCUCUAAGCUUCCUCCGUAUUACCUCUGGCCUGAAGACAACAAUCAUUUCGAUAUAGCAGGUGAUCUGUCCCAGUUGACAGUUUUACUUACGGGCCCACCGGGGACUCCAUACUCUCAGGGCCUUUGGAGACUACAACUUGAGAUCCCUCAUGAUUAUCCACACAGCCCGCCCAAGGCAACUUUCUGCACGAGGAUAUGGCACCCCAACAUGGAAGAGAUCACAGGUGCAGUCUGUGUAGAUACCCUGAAGAGGGACUGGCAGUCUAAUCUUACACUUCGAGAUGUGCUUAUUACCAUAUCUUGUCUUCUCAUCCAGCCCACUCCGGAUUCUUCUCUUAAUUCCUCAGCAGGGGCAUUUUUCCAAGAAAACUUCGAUGCCUUUGCUCAACAAGCCAGACUGAUGACCUCCAUCCACGCCCCAAUCCCACACCACCUCAGUGAAGCCGUCAAAGAAGCGAGCAUACGAUGCGAAGAUCCCACCCCUAAGGCAUACCAAAUGGAUCGCGAUCCGCACAAUCAGCGUCCGCGAAAACUGCAGCGCAUCCAGACCGGAUCAUCAAAGCGAAGUUCUCGCUACCCCACACCUUUUGAAGACCUGCCACACGCGCCCCGCGACAUAAGAACCGCAUUCACAACACCAUCUCUUAUGUCAGAAGACGAGCACAUGACCGACAGCGAUAUUGAAAACUCCGCAAGCGCAAGCAAAGAAAACAACCCAUCCUUCUUCUCCCCACCACCUCGUAUUACCCCACUCUCACCCCGCAAGAAUGCACAUGGCAAACGCCCACUCUCUAUCCUAGCGAUUCCAUACCCCGAAGAGCUGGAAGAAGACAUCAUGCUUAUAGACUCAGAGUCGGACAGUGAAUCAGCGCCAAAAACUGCCUCCGAGCGGAAUAUAUCCGCUAAUAUCAAUAAUAUCAAAGCCAGCAACCCUUGUGCGUGUAUCUCACCAAUGCGCAAACCUCGCAAACUUGCACUAGGCAGAAGCACAAUAACACCGAGACGCCAUCGUGAAGAGCUUCAAAUCUACGAAGAUGCUCCGGACCGCAUGAACUAUGAUCUUCCACAACAGCUCAGCGCUGCUGGCAAGGAGAAUCGAGACUCGGGAAUUCGUGCGCUGAAUAGGAAAGAUGAUCGCGGCCCACAAGCUGUGAAGACGGCCAACGGGCUUAAUGUGCCAGCAGGUCAGAUGCAGAAUGUUACUAUGAAGUCGAUAUCUUCUCAAGCUUCUCAGCUGUCUUCAAAAGUUCCCAAGGUCUUUAGUACUUUAAGGAUGGGCGCACUCCCUAAACCGAGGCCCAAGCCUCGAAUCGGUGUGCGACGACUUUGA